UAAUCGUGUCGAUCGGUUCGCGGUUCCGAGUUGCAGCCAACGGUCGAUCCUGAACGGUUUUCCACAGAGUGUCGUUUUUCACUAGGGUUUUCUCGCCCAUUUUUAAGUAACAGUCCCCAAAAGCGCGACUCUACUAAUAAUGUCGAAGCCCCAGUCGGACGUGGAUAAGAGGAAACAGAUCAGUGUCCGCGGCAUCGCGCAGCUGGAGGAUGUGAACGAGAUCAAAAAGGACUUCAAUCGGCAUCUGCACUACACGCUCGUUAAGGACAGAAAUGUGGCCACGGUGCGCGACUACUACUUUGCCCUGGCCCACACGGUCAAGGAUCAUCUGGUGUCCCGGUGGAUCCGUACGCAGCAGUACUACUACGAGCGGGACCCGAAGCGCGUGUACUAUUUGUCGCUGGAGUACUACAUGGGCCGAUCAUUGCAAAACACCAUGAUCAACCUGGGCAUUCAGACGUCGUGCGAUGAAGCCAUGUACCAGAUGGGUCUGGACAUCGAGGAGCUGGAGGAACUGGAGGAAGAUGCCGGUCUCGGCAACGGGGGUCUGGGUCGUUUGGCCGCCUGUUUCCUCGACUCGAUGGCCACACUCGGCAUGCCCGCGUACGGUUACGGUAUUCGCUAUGAGUACGGCAUCUUUGCCCAAAAGAUCCGUAAUGGCGAGCAGGUUGAAGAGCCCGACGAUUGGCUGCGUUACGGCAACCCGUGGGAGAAGGCCCGCCCUGAGUACAUGAUUCCGAUUCACUUCUACGGUCGCGUCAUCGAUACACCCGAAGGCAAGAAGUGGGUCGACACGCAGACGGUGUUCGCCAUGCCGUACGACAAUCCGGUGCCCGGCUAUGGCAACAAUGUCGUCAAUACGCUGCGCUUGUGGUCCGCCAAGUCGCCGAUCGAUUUCAACCUAAAGUUCUUCAACGAUGGUGACUACAUUCAGGCUGUGCUGGACCGCAACUUGGCCGAAAACAUUUCGCGGGUGCUCUACCCGAACGACAACUUCUUCGAGGGCAAGGAAUUGCGCCUGAAGCAGGAGUACUUCAUGUGCGCGGCCACGCUGCAGGACAUCGUCCGGCGGUACAAGGCGUCCAAGUUUGGGUCGCGCGAUGCCGUCCGCACCUCGUUCGAAGACUUCCCGAGCAAGGUGGCGAUCCAGCUGAAUGACACUCACCCAUCGUUGGCCAUUCCCGAGCUGAUGCGCAUCCUCCUCGACGACGAGAAGCUAGGCUGGGACAAGGCGUGGGACAUUGUGGUGCGCACCUGUGCCUACACCAACCACACCGUGCUGCCGGAGGCGCUGGAACGCUGGCCGGUGUCGAUGCUGCAGUCGAUCUUGCCGCGCCACCUGGAGAUUAUUUAUCAUAUAAACUUUUUGCAUUUACAAAACGUGGAAAAGCGGUUCCCGGGCGACGCUGGGCGCAUGCGAGCCCUCUCGAUGGUGGAGGAAGACGGCGAGAAGCGCAUCAACAUGGCCAACCUGUCGAUCGUUGGGUCGCACGCCGUCAACGGGGUGGCCGCCAUCCACUCGGAGAUUAUCAAGAAGGACAUCUUCAAGUGCUUCUACGAGCUGACGCCGGAGAAGUUCCAGAACAAAACGAACGGCAUCACGCCCCGGCGCUGGCUGCUGCUGUGCAACCCGGGCCUGUCGGAUCUGAUCGCCGAGAAGAUCGGGGACCAGUGGCCGGUCCAUCUGGAGCAGCUGCAGCAGCUGAAGCAGUGGUCGAAGGAUCCGAACUUCCAGCGGGCCGUGGCUCGCGUAAAGCAAGAGAACAAGCUCAAGCUGGCCCAGCUGCUGGAGAGGGACUACGGGGUGAAGGUGAACCCGGCCUCGAUGUUCGACAUCCAGGUGAAGCGUAUUCAUGAGUACAAACGUCAGCUGCUCAACUGUCUCCACAUCAUCACGCUGUACAAUCGCAUCAAGCGCGACCCGACGGCCAACUUUACGCCGCGCACGAUCAUGGUCGGUGGCAAGGCCGCCCCGGGCUACUACAUCGCGAAGCAGAUCAUCAAGCUGAUCUGUGCGGUCGGCAACGUCGUGAACAACGACCCGAUCGUCGGCGACAAGCUGAAGGUGAUCUUCCUCGAGAACUAUCGCGUCACGCUGGCGGAGAAAAUCAUGCCCGCGGCCGAUCUGUCCGAGCAGAUCUCGACCGCCGGUACCGAGGCGUCCGGUACGGGUAACAUGAAGUUCCAGCUGAACGGUGCCCUUACCAUCGGCACGCUGGACGGUGCCAACGUGGAGAUGGCCGAAGAGAUGGGCAACGAUAACAUUUUCAUCUUCGGCAUGACGGUCGAGGAGGUGGAGGAACUCAAGCAGCGCGGCUACAAUGCGUACGACUACUACAACUCGAACCCGGACAUCAAGCAGUGCGUCGAUCAGAUCCAGAGCGGGUUCUUCAGCCCGGGCAACCCGCACGAGUUCCAGGAUCUGGCCAACGUGCUGCUGAAGUACGAUCGUUACUACCUGUUUGCUGACUACGAGGCGUACAUCAAGACACAGGAUCGUGUUUCGGCCGUAUACCAGAACCAAGCGAAGUGGUUGGAGAUGUCGAUCAACAACAUCGCUACGAGUGGCAAAUUCUCCAGCGAUCGUACGAUUGCCGAGUACGCGCGGGAAAUUUGGGGCAUCGAACCGAGCUGGGAGAAGCUGCCCAAUCCGGGCGUAGCCAAGUAAACACGGAACACGGAAAGAUCACCACCAUACCUACAGCAGCGUCCUCAAGUCAGCGUGUGUCCUCUGUCACUGCCAUCGGAAGCACCGAAACGAGGCCAUGGUGUGAGCAUAGCAAAAAAAAAAAACAAUCGUGUUUGAGAUGAGUAGCGCGA